UCUUCACAUGGUGUGUGACCAGGCCCAUGGCGGAGGGCACUGUGAGAUGCUGGUUGGCUACUCAGCGGUCUACAGGGUCUGCUUUGGCACCGCCUGCUUCUACCUGAUGAUGGCGCUGUUCCUCAUCGAUGUCAAGUCCAGCCAGGACUUCAGAGCGCUCAUCCACAAUGGGUUCUGGUUUCUGAAGUUCAUCACCCUGCUUGGGAUGUGUACUGCUGCUUUCUUCAUCCCUACUGAGUCCUUCCUGCAUGGACAACUGAUUGGUUCUCUCUGUCUUCCUCAGGUGUAUCGUGGGCUGGACAUCAUAACCAAUAAGGUGAYGGCUGAGGAGCGUGCCCAGUGCAGUCAUCACAUGAUCAGCUUCGUGGAUCCCCUGGUCAGCAGCUACACUGUGGUAGACUUCAGGAACAAGGCCCUGGCUCUCAUAGAGGACGUGUACAGCAGAGAGAAGCUGCCUAUCAUAGUAGGAGGAACUAACUACUACAUAGAAUCACUGCUGUGGAGAGUACUGCUGGAUGAAGGGUCAUUGCUGUGGAGAGUACUGGGUAUACAGGGGAGAGGGAAGAAAGGCGGGUCUCUUGAUAGGAAGGCGGAGCUGGAGACUGGCGGGGCUGAGCUCCACAGGAGACUGACCGAGGUCGAUCCUGAAAUGGCCUCCGUGCUACAUCCUCACGACACGCGCAAGAUCGCCAGGAGCCUACAGGUGCAUGCGGAAACAGGCGUGCCUCACAGCCAUUGGUUGGAGGAGCAGAGAGGGCAGGAGGGGGGAGAUGUGCUGGGGGGGCCCCUGAGGUACCCAGACCCCUGUAUCUUCUGGUUACAUGCUGACAUGGAGUGUAAGGAACACCUCCCCCUUUUUCUCUUUAACCCCAAAGACAGGGCAGCUCUUUGUCUCUCAGGGGUAGAGAAUCUGAAGAUGGCUACUAGACGGUACGCCAGAAAACAGAAUAAAUGGGUGCGUAAUCGCUUCCUCAAGAGACCAGGGGACAAUGUCCCAGCGGUGUAUGGUCUGGAUGUGACUGACGUGUCACAGUGGGAGGAGACUGUCCUAAGCCCAGCCCUUCUGAUAUUGGAUCGUCUUACUAAGGGGGAGCGACCUACCGUUGAGCCAAUGAGAGUGGAGGGGGCGGGGAAGAGGAACAAGCGAAGCCGUCACACCUGUGAGCUGUGUGACAAGGUGAUCAUUGGAGACCUGGAGUGGACAGCCCAUCUCAAGUCUAAAAAACACCACUAUCAUGUGAGGAAGAGGAGGAAGUCCGAGCAAGAACUUGAACCAACCAGCGACCAGCCCCAGGGGACUACUCCACCUCCCACCCCUACUACAGAUGGCCCUACCCUGGCUAACUCCACUACUCUAGCCCCUGGCUCAGCUGAGGCCUGUGGAGAACCAGAGUCCCCAGUUACCAGUUCUACUGAGAAAGAAGCCCCAGUUCUAUAGGAGAACUAUAAGGCCCUAUGAUCAGUAUUGCGGGUGGGACCGAAGGCUUUUUGGCCUCAUCUUGUGACCUGCUUGUCGGAUUGACUCCURUUAAAUCAGAAAGAUAAAAAGGAACAAUCAAGGAAACUUAAUCCAUUAAAAUGUUUUWUUUUAAUUUUUUUUAAUCUGAGGAAAACACUGAGACCAGGGAUAAGUCGGUCUCUUGACGACAUCACCACCGUGACAUCAUCGCUCACGUCUAUGACUUCAUCAUUGUUUGACUCAUGGAGAGUUCAUGGAUUGGUCGGUUUGGUUCCUUGGAUUCUGAAGUGAAGUUGAAUUGUGACAGUUGAUGUUUUACAGCAGGGUUCAAUAAGACCAAACCUUCUCUGUCCUCUUGUCAGGUAACCGUCUUGUAACACACUGUAUGGCACGGCUGUGUUUGUAACGAGAUKUACGUGUGUCUGCAUUGUAAUUAAAGAUAUUUUAUGACUUCA